AUGUACUCAUUUGAAGGGAAUUACAAAUCAAAGCGGUCAUUAGUGCUUGAUCAUACCCAAAAGUUGUCAACUCAUGCGCUUGUUCAAAAAACACGUGAAGAACGAAAGUCACGUGAAAAUAUGGUCAAACAAGAACGUGCCGCUACUAAAAUUCAAAAGUGUAUUCGAGAUUAUGUUGCACGAAAUAAAAUGAAACGUUACUUUAUUGAAUUAUUCAAUGAAUUAUCCAAUCAAUUAGAUGAUAUAAUAAAUAAAACUGCUUUCAAUAUGGAGCAUGAAUUUGAACAUAAAUUAUUGAAGUUACUUCAAUGUUUCAAUACAUGCUAUCGUAGUAAAAGUCCGGAACAAAAACAUCUUUUUACUGUUUGUCGUUUAUUAUUGUCCAAACGUGGAAAAGAUGCACAAGUCAACUGGUUAACUAAUGGUUCUAUUGAUCAUAUUUGCACGCUAGGGAAUUCGUUUUUAAUCAGCAUUAAAUAUUUAUCAAAACUUCCAUCAUUAACAACAUCAUCAAACUAUACAUUACCAAUUCGUGUAUUAGAAGAAUUAUUCAAUAUUUUAAUUGGAACAUGUUCAUCUACAAAAAUCUCUUUAUAUUCAAAACAACUAUACUUCAGUAUUGAAUGGAUUUGUCGUCAUUUAUCAAAGCAUCAUUAUUUUAAUCAUUUGGCUUAUUUUAUUGAUCAACAAUUACCAACUACAACUGGUUACCUUAAAGAAUUCACUAUACAAUCAUAUGUAUUUGAUCCUGUGGAAUUUUUCAAAUUACCAAAAACUCGUGCUUUUAUUAAUUUAAUAAUUGCACCGUUGAAAUGUGCUUUUAACCUAUCGGAAAAUGGUAGUCAAUUUUCUAAUCCAACGGUCGAUUUGUAUCGUGAACUUGUUUUUACAGCACUAAAUGAUAUUCUCAUUAACGAUCACAAUACUUAUAUUAUCGGUGAACGUGUCGUACUUAGUGUUGGCAUAGAAAUGUUCAAACUACCUAAUCUACAUCAAAUUGUUAUUAAUGGAUGUUUAACAGCGGUCGAGAAUAAAAAUAGCCAAUUAAACACUGAAGAACGACAACAACCACAUAAUGGAACUAUUUCAUUGAUUCCUUCUAUCAAUUUAUUACACCUUUUUGUGACUGUGGCUAUACCUGGCAUGUUGGUAAAAUGUGAUCCAACCACAACUACAUUAAGUUCAACUGUCCAUACAGCCGAAUCAUCAAUGAUACAAGAUACUGAUGAUGUUGAUGAUGAUAAUCAUGAAGAAGCAGUGACAGAGGAAGAAGGAGGUGACGAAUCAUUGCCAGUUCUGUUAGCUACUGAAUCUUAUACACAUUAUACAUGGUCUGGUUCACCUUUAGAAGCUGCGAUAACGAUACGUUUUGUUGCUUGGAUGCUUAUGAGUUGUUUAACGGAACCUCAUCUGCCUAUUGUUCGUCCAAUUACUAAUCCUAAACCGUUACAACUACGGAUUGGACAAGGAGAAGAAUUAUCAGAUGACGACGAUGACGAUGACGACAACAAGAUUAAUGAUAAUCAUAAUAGAAUGAAGCGAGUGGAAAUCAAUGAUCAGGAAAUGAACAUGUCAGCUGAAUUUACCAGAAAUGCUACCCAGCUGGCAAAAAUAUCUGCGUCACUAAGUCAUAGUUUACCGGCGCUAGUAGCUAGUGCAUUAUCUGCACUGGAAAAUUUCAGUAGUGAUUUGGAUAAUCCAGAUAAAUUGGAAUUGAUUCGGUCUUCAUCAUAUCUACAUUAUUGUCUUUCUCAAGUAUGUGGUCUGUCUAGGACAUCAUUAAUACGUAUUAACUCUAUUUAUUCACAGCAUACAAUCUAUUUACGUUGUUUAUGGAAAUUAAUUGAAAAUACUAAAUGUUCAAAUAAAUCAACAUUAAAUUAUUCAAAUACCAAUAUGUAUACAUUGUUUAAUCUUUUAUGUUCUGGUGAAUUACCUACACAUUUAGUGGAACUUCAAAGUUAUCUUCCACUGAUAUUUACAUUUGCUGAUUGUCUUCAUCAUCGCUUACUAUGUUUAACUGAUUCGGAAAUCUGUGAUAUCUCAUCGGAAGUGAAUUACACCAACUCCAACGAUUAUCGUCAUCAACAACCAAUCAGCAAUAGUGAACCCUCACGAGGAGGUUGUGGUUUUCGUGCUGAUGAAUUAUUACAAGUUGGUGCAAGACUUCGUGAUCUUAUGCUCGGCCUAAUUGAUUUGUCACAUCCUGAUCAAGUGCCGAAACAAACUCGUUGUAAUUUACAAACAGAUACACAUUGUACAGAAUCAAUGGAACAACCAAAUUAUGGUGCAGUACUACGUAGAAUAGAGCAAUGGGUCGAAAUAGCCGAUCUUGGCAGUUCACCUAUUGGUGAUCUAAUGUUGCGAAAUUAUACACAAUGGUCUAUACUGGAUUUUCGUCUUUUACUAUAUUGUUGGUGUAGUUUACUGCGUCGAGUUGAACGAUUAGUAUUUCAAAUCUAUGAUUGGGAUCGCCGCUGCCGACGCCAACAAGAUACUAGUCUGCCUAUCUACCUUUUACAAAAUCCACAGUCCACAACGACAACAGUGACAUGUACAGCUUCUACAAAUUCAUCAUCUACAUUUUCAUCCUCAUCCUCAUCAACUGAUAUUUCACGCGUAACAAAUUCACCACGCCUACCACUUGGCACACCAAGUGUUAGUCAAACAUUUUGGUUAAAAGAUAACUUAUUUGAUUUAUUAAAUACUACAGAAUCACAGUCUUCAUGGUUUGAAAAUCAAGGUUAUCAAAAUACAUUGGCAUUAGCUGGUGCACCGUUUGGUUAUUAUAGUAUUUUGAAUCCAGAUCGAAAUCAAGUGGUACUAGAAUCAUUUUCUUUAUCCAAUCGUCAAAUACGUCAAGUCCUAUUAUUGAAAAAAGUUCCAUUUGUUAUACCGUUUGAAAAACGAGUUAAAUUAUUUAAAGUUCUUAUCAAUGAUGGUAGUACAUAUAAUCGUAAUCCAUUUCGACGAAUAUAUAAUGUAUCUAAUCAACCUAGUGUUUCUCUUGUUGUUCGUCGAACUCAUUUAUAUGAAGAUGGUUUCGAGAAAUUAUCCAAAGAAAAUGCACCCAAUUUACGUCAACGUUUAAAAGUGACCUUUUUAAAUCCAACUGGUUUAGCUGAAGUUGGUAUAGAUGGUGGUGGUUUAUCAAGAGAAUUUCUUACUGAAAUUAUUCGUGCUGGUUUUGAUCCAACUAGAGGAUUUUUUAUUUAUGCAUCAGAUAAAACUUUAUAUCCAAAUCCACAAGCAUCUGCAAUUACAUUGGAUUAUUUAAAGCAUUAUUAUUUCUUGGGAAGAAUUUUAGCAAAGGCAAUUUACGAAGGUGUGCUUGUCGAACUUCAGUUUGCUUAUUUCUUCUUGGCGAAAAUUGUUAGUCGAAGUGGCGGUGGCGGAGUUGGCUUUGAUUAUCUACAUUCACUUGAUCCCCAAUUGUAUAAACAAUUAUUAUUUUUAAAAAAUUACAAAGGGGAUGUACGUGAUUUAUCGUUAGAUUUCACUAUGGUUCAAUCAAUUUUCGGUCAAUCUGAAACAGUCGAACUGAAACCAGGUGGAAAACAUAUACCAGUUACUGAAGAAAAUCGCGUUGAAUAUGUACAUUUAAUUGCAAACUAUAAAUUAAAUAAAAUGAUUUAUCCACAAGUACGAGCCUUUACUGCUGGAUUAAAUGAUGUUAUACCGAUUGAUUGGGUACGUCUUUUUGAUGCAGAAGAAUUACAAACUCUUAUAUCUGGAGCAGAUAUGGUAAUCGAUGUGAAUGAUUUAAAACAGCAUACAUUCUACAUUGGAAACUCAAUAAAUUAUACUGAAACAUUAGAUUGUUUUUGGUCAGUAUUACAUAAUUUUUCUGAAUCAGAUAAACGUUCAUUUUUACGUUUUGUUACUGCAUGUUCACGUCCACCAAUGUUUGGUUUUCGUGAAUUACAACCACCAUUUUCUAUACAAAUUACUGAUGAAAUUGAACGUUUACCAACAGCUAGUACAUGUACAAAUUUAUUAAAAUUACCAAAUUUUCGUAAUAUUAAAUUAUUACGUGAUCGUUUAUUAUAUGCAUUAAAUGCAAAUGCUGGUUUUGAAUAUGGUUAA